AACCAGCUAUUGACAAAGAAGAUGAAGUGUGUUUACCUUUAUGAAUCGGACGUUCAAAAUUAGCGUUGAAAAUUAACAAUGCAGCGGCAGGCUUCCCGGCAGGCAACUUCUCAGACAGCCAGCUCAUCGUCCGUGAGGAGAUCCAGGCGCAUGCUCGGUUGCACCACCUUGUCGCAAGAGACGCCGUGCUCGUGGGCCGCCGGCAGCAUCUCGCACAUCGUGGUCUCCACUCCUGCACCGGCUUCAUCAGUCGCCGGCUGUGCGCGUCAGCUGUCAAACCGGUCGGCGUCUAAGGCUCCUUCAGCUCGCCAUGCUACGUCUUUGAGCGUCUCCGAAGCUAUCAGCGAUGCGAGCGGGCGCAGCGUGUCGUCGUACAAUGUCAACAACAGGAACUUUGUGAGCAAAACGCCUUCCACUCGCCUUUCGAGGAGAAACGCAUCUCAGCUGCCUAAAUCGAAGUCCAUUAGGGCCGACUUGAACACUGAAAGUAGGAUCAAUGUGGCCGUGGAGACCAAAGUCAGCGAAGACACUCAAGGCGUUCGUUCUCAUACGAAUACGCUUGGGUCGUCUGCCUUAGCUGUGCCGAGAGAAGUCCAGUAUACUCCAAAACCCCCUGUGUCACGCUCCUUCGCGAAUGCAAGACUCGUUGUGGACCGAGGUAUUGGUGCACAAGGUAUUGGGUUUCGACAGUCCAGUUUGAUGACCUCCCGCACGCAGAAUGCUUCGGCGGCGUCGAAUAAGUGUAAUGGGUUGCGUGACAGCCCGCAAGUCACAUCGAUUGUCGUCAAGCCUGUCGACAUACAGCCAAUUCAGGCAAAAUCAACACAGCCACUCUGCUCAAAAAGCUCGUUGGUUGAGCCGAAACUUUUUACAAAGGUUAACCUCGAUGUCUCAAAAUCCAACACGCUCGCGCCUGAUGCUGGUUUGCCUUCUGAAGCACGGACGACAUACCUAAAAGGUUCGGAAUUGGACGAGCGCGGCCUGCUUAAGACAGAUCAAACCAGCUAUGGUGAAAGAGCGAUUGUUCCGAAAUCAUUUGGGACAUUAGUUUCGCAGACAAGAAGCUCGGAAAAGCCGUGGAAGGCAUCAAGCUCCUGUUCUUCCGAACCUCCUGCCGUCAUUCCUUCGCCGUUGCUGCAGGAACGUCCAGCGCAAAUGACGUUUUCGCCGCCAAAAUCACUUCAACCGUUGUCGCAAGGCACGUCCCACUUGAAGUCAUUGAAUUUAGGUGGAGCGAAAACUGAUGCUGUAGCUUCACGAUCUUCAAGUAAGCACAUCGACAUCGUCGGCGAGAAGAGGUCUCAGUCACAGGCGACAGCUCCAAUGCUUCUUUACACGCCUGCGUUGUCAAAAAAACCUGUUCCGACUCAGCAAAUCGAGCGUACUGACAUCAAACCUGCGACAUGUUCACAAGCCCAUUCGCAAGGCACGUCCCACGUGACGUCAUUGAAUUUCGGUGAAGCAAAAACUGAUGCUGUAGCUUCACGAUCUUCAAGUAAGCACAUCGACAUCGUCGGCGAGAAGAGGUCUCAGUCACAGUCGACAGCUCCAAUGCUUCUUUACACGCCUGCGUUGUCAAAAAAACCUGUUGCGACUAAGCAAAUCGAGCGUAUUGACAUCAAACAUGCGACAUGUUCACAAGCCUCUUUGAAAAAAAACUGUCUGUAAUGAAACGCGACUGGUUGAACUGACGUCGUCCCCGCCUGUUGAGCUUGAACGUACAGUUUCCGUGAAUGUAACCCUCAAACGACCUUCGACGCAGCGUAAUGCGGGGCCAAUAUAAAUGGGGUCGUCGCAUCUACAGGAACUGCGAUCUAAGGCUUCUCGUAACUUCUAGAUCCGAAUGCCAGGACAUCUAGUGCGAUGCACUCCGCACACAGGCCAUCCGAGGCAAAUAUGCACUACCUGCUGCUUUGCAUAGCUUUCUUUAUGGCAUCUACCACAGGGGAUGAAAUUAGAGACGUAAAGGUCGCGGUCGGCCGUGCCCUGGAGACCAUGGGCGAGUGGCUGCAGAAUGAAGACUCACCUGGCACGGAGGAGGAGCGCGCCGCCCUCCAGGAGGUGCUGCGACAGAUCGCCCAGAUUCGCGCGAAGGACGCCGACCUCGAAGAGGUGGACCCGUAUAUCUGGGCCAAGGUCACCGAAGUGGCCACAAGCAUCGCCAAAAAGGUUGUCAUCGCAUUCGUCACCCAGCAAGCGAUCGGUCUCAUUGGCGGCGCCAUUGGCUGAUACAUCCAAACCGACGUUGUGCACCAUAGUAUUCCUGGCAAUCUGAAAGAUUUUUUUUUUGUAAGCUCAUUUAUAAAGCAAUAACAAUCACUGCAA